UCUACUCUCUCCGCCAUCAUGCCGUCCUCCUACACUCUCCCGGUGAUCUUCACUCUGACUCUACUCUCACCCAUCACCAUGGGAACAGUGUUCAAAGGCGUCUACAACCUAGGCAAUUUUGGAGGUCAUUUACCAACAGCUGUUAAGAUCAUCAGGGUUACCAACACAGUAGCUGUGCCAGUCCCCGUACCUUUUCCAGUCACGAAAAAUAUCCCUCUUCCAAUCUCCGUCCCUAAACCGAUUCCCUACGCUGUCCCUCAUCCGAUUCCCUUCGAGGUUGCCAAACCUGUAGUGAUUCCACAGGCAAUUCCCGUAGGUAUUCCCAAACCUUAUGCGGUUCCACAGAUGUUCAUGUUUAGACAAGCUGUUUCCAUGCCAGCUGAACAGCUAAGUGCUCCGCAGUUCCGACCUGAACAGAUGUCCGACUACCAAGCGUACCUGAGCUAUGGAAACGGAAACGGAAACGGAAACGGUGGUAUCGGGUAUAAUGGAAACGUCGGGCUCACCUAUGCGCAUGGGGAAGGACACGUGGGUUACGGAAAUGGGAACGGUGGAACUGGAAACGUCGGUCUCUAUAAUCAAGGAAACACAGGAAACGGAGGAAGCAUCGGAUAUGGAACUGGAAACGUCGGGCUCACCUAUACUCAAGGGAACAACGAAAACGGAAACGGAGGAAGCAUCGGAUAUGGAACUGGAAACGUCGGGCUCACCUAUACUCAAGGGAACAACGAAAACGGAAACGGAGGAAGCAUCGGAUAUGGAACUGGAAACGUCGGUCUAUAUACUCAAGGCAACGGAAACGUUGGCUACGGAAACGGUGGAGGAACUGGAUAUGGAACUGGAAACGUUGCUCUCUAUACUCAAGGUGACGGAAACAUCCACUAUGGAAAUGAAAACGGUAACUCAGGAAGUUCUGAGUACUCUACUCAAAGUGGGUACAACCAAAUGAGAUACAACGAAUUCAUGAGUCAACAGAGUUAUGGUUCCAUGGAACACAAUUUUGGAGGGUACAAUGUGCAAGGUAUUGGAGGGAACGCGUACCAACCCAAUCCUCAAACAUAUCCAACUGGAGAAGGGUACGGGGUGACAGAACAGGAAUAUCCUAGGUACAACAUUAUGUUUGGCCAGAACUUUGAAUCCAACAAUAAAGUAGAAGAUGGAUCAAACCAUUCGUACUGAGUGUUGUGAAUAUUGUGAGGGACGCAGUGCAAGGUUCCAAAAACUAUUAAGAAAUUUUAGUUUCAAAUUUUUAUACAAACUACUUACGUAUAUAUAUAUUUAUUAAUUGAUAAAUUUUAAAGGAAGACCUUGGUUCAUUGAUAAACUGAUGUUGAUGAAAUUUCAUUUGAACUGGCUUAUUGUUUUGGAUCAUUAGUCUAAUUUUUCAUUUUUAUUUCUGUCAUUGCAUUACAUAUCGAUUUCGUAAGUGCGGUUGAAUAGCUUCUGAAGAAUCUAAAGGAUAUCCCGCAAUGUUCUGCUGCCUUCUAUUUUGUUACUUGCAUUUAGAAAAAUAUAUUUUAUGUAACCAUGAGUCGAAAUGUGUACGAAUACAGCUUUGACUGAAAUUAAUUAAGGCCUUGGUUCAUUGAUUAACUGAUGUUGAUGAAAUUUAAUUUUAACUGGAUUAUUGUUUUGGAUCUCGCUUAGUCAUUAUUUUUGCCAUUUUAAUUUCUGUCAUUGGAUUACGUAUACUCAUAAAACGUAUACGUAUACUCAUUGGAUUACGUACUGGUUCUUGUACAUAUCGAUUUCGUAAGUGUAUCGAUACUUUUUGCUGAUUAAUAAUUAGCAACUGAAAGCUAAUUUGAGCCACAAAAUUGAAACUUAGCAGGGUCAUUUUCGUAUUUAAUCUAAUGAUUAUAGCUUUAAAAGUCGGUAAAAGGUGGCUAUUUUAAAACAAAAACUGCUUAUGUAAAAAAAUUAAAAAAAAAAUAAGUAUUGCCUUUUAGCUGCAAAUCCAACAGCACUUUUUUAUUUAACUGUACGUUAAAUAUAUUUAAUUUACGGCACUUUUUACACCAGCUCCAAAUUGAAACAAACUUCCAUACUUUCACAUUACAAAACGUUACGUUAUUACAAUGGGAAUUUUGGAUAACUUGGUAAGCUCCUUUUCACUCAUUUCAUUAUACCAGUUAGUUGUUGUCCAUUUGAAGCUGACAAAGGGGGCGUUCCAAUACACCAUGGAUAUAAAUUUGAUUGUUCUAGCGUUAGUUGUUAUAAGUUACAUUCUAGUCCUGGUUUUUAUUUACUUAGUAUAUUAAUUAUAAACAUGUUACAAGCAUGUUGUUUUUGUUAUUAUUGUAAAAGGGGUUUUUUGUGUAAGAUUGUGCUGCAAAACAAAAUUGUUAUUUGCUUUGUACUACAUUUUACAUUGUUGUAUUA